UCGCCUUUGCGCUGUUCUCUCGGAUUUUCGACAGUGUCGUAAACAGUACAAAAAAUACAGUCAAAGCGACGCUCCGUUUUAGCGCAGCAAAGUUUUCCUGUGAAGUGUGUAUUUUUCGUCUGCAAAAUUUUAUCUUCCAUCCGGAUAAUCACUAGAAAAUAGUGCUCGUACAGCCUAAUUGCAAAAUGAGAAAGGAAAACCUUAAACGCAAGAGUGCCGAAAAAGGCGAAAAUGAAGAAAGAGAAGCCUCACCGGCCGAUAAGGAGGAAACGGAGGGCGAUGAACGCGAGGUCGAUGAGAACGAAAGCGGCAAAGAAAAUGGUGACUCCAAGAAGGCAUCCGCUUCCGAUGACGAUUUCGAGGAUGCCGAAACCGGCGAUAAGGGCGAAAAUGGUGACGACACCAUGGACUCGAAGGCCGAGAAUGGUAAAGACGAGGAGGAUGCCGAGAAGGAUGAUGACGACUCCGAGCCAUUGGUGAAAAAAUCCAAGAAGGCUGAUGCGGCAGGUAAAAAGGGCAAGAAACCAGCCAAGCCAGUCAAGAAGCCAGUAAAAACCAAGGCAGCAAAGAAAGCUAAAAACACGACUCAAGAGAAAGAGAAAGAGGAAGAAAAUGAUGAAGGCAGCGAAGAAGAAGAAGAAGAAGAAGAAGAAUAUGAAGUCCAGGACAUCGUGGACCACCGCAAGGAACGCGGCGGUAAGAUGGUUUAUCGCAUCCGCUGGAAGAACUACAGCGCCGAUGACGACACUUGGGAACAGGAGGAUACACUUUCAUGUCCAGAGAUCAUUAAAAAGUACAAGGCAAAAUUAGAGAAGGAAGAGGCAGCACCUCCGGCCGCUAAGAAAGGAAAACCGGCAGCAAAGGGCCCUACACCGAAAAAAGGUGCCAAAAAGGCUACCCCCAAGAAAGCUGCCAAAUCAGACAAGGAUGACGAGGUUGAAGAAGAAGAAGAAGAAGACGAGGAAGAAGAUAGCACGGAGUAUGAAGUGGAAAAAAUCAUCGACGUCCACUUUAAGCGGGAUGGAAAACGGGAAUAUCUUGUUAGAUGGAAGGGAUUCUCUUCUAAAGAAGACACUUGGGAACCGGCCGAUAAUCUCAAUUGUCCCCAUCUGAUUGAGAAGCUUAACGAAAAGAUUGACAAGUCGAAGAAUGCUAGCGUGAAGGAACUGCGAGUCGCUCGAAAACCGACAGAGCGACUGUCGUUGGCUCUGGGCGGUCGCAAAACAUCUCGCCGUAAUUCUAACAAGGUUCGAGUUACCUACUACGAUGGGGAAUAGAGUGCUUGCCCCGUCAGCGGUCGUCACCCCAGAUAUCAAAUCACUACAUUUUUUCAGACGCGAUGAACAGACACGGAGAGUUUCUACAAUUAUUGAUGGUCGAGAUUGGCAUAAAAUGUUCAUCCAUUUUACGUUUUAAUCAAACUUCUUUUAAUUCGUCCUCGACGAAUUUUCUGUGUUGAGUAGCAGGUAAAUGGAACUAUCACAACAGAAAAUAAAAUAAAACGUAAGAAAAACAGAAAAAAAUACAAGAAAAAUACUGUAUUUGGCGUGGAAACACUUGUAAUAAUUAUAAGAAUAAUAACUAUAAUAAACUACUACAUCUUAGUAA